UCAUUGGAAGCCAAUACUAUGGGUUUACCACUUUGUAGAUCAAUCAUUCUGGCAACCUUGUUGGUUUUUGGGAUGUGGGCACUUCAAGUCACAUCUCGAACAUUAAAUGAUGAGACCAUGUUACAAAGGCAUGAAGAAUGGAUGGCUUGUUAUGGACGUGUAUAUAGAGAUGAGUUGGAGAAAGAAAUGCGCUUCAAGAUAUUCAAGGAGAAUGUUGCAUACGUAGAAGCUUUCAACAAUGCCGGGAACACAGCUUACAAACUAAGUGUCAAUGAAUUUGCAGACCAAACGAAUGAGGAGUUCAAGGCCACUCGUAAUGGAUUCAAGUUACCAUCUACAGUAAGAUUGGGUCAAACCACACCAUUCAGGUACGAAGAUGUGACUGCAGUUCCAUCUAGUAUGGACUGGAGGAAGAAAGGAGCUGUUACCCCAAUCAAGAAUCAAGGUCAAUGUGGAAGCUGUUGGGCUUUUUCAACAAUUGCUGCUACUGAAGGGAUUACUCAAAUCACCUCUGGAAAACUGAUUUCACUAUCCGAGCAAGAGUUGGUGGACUGUGACACGAGUGGUGAAGACCAGGGAUGUGGAGGUGGCUACAUGGACGGUGGAUUCACAUUUAUCGUCCAAAACAAAGGCAUCAACACUGAGGCUGCAUAUCCUUACAAGGCAGUAGAUGCAACUUGCAAUACAAAAGAGGAGGCUAUUCAUGCAGCAAAGAUCACAGGACACGAGGAUGUGCCAGUUAACAGUGAGUCAGCUUUGUUAAAGGCCGUGGCUAUGCAGCCUGUUUCAGUGGCCAUUGAUGCUGGAGGGGUAGACUUCCAACUUUACUCGGCCGGUGUUUUCAAUGGAACUUGCGGUACUGAAUUAGACCAUGGGGUUACUGUAGUUGGAUAUGGUACAAGUGAUGAUGGCGUCAAGUACUGGCUAGUAAAGAACUCGUGGGGCACGGGUUGGGGUGAAGAUGGAUACAUUAGGAUGCUGCGGGAUAUUGAACCUGUAGAAGGGAUGUGCGGCAUUGCUAUGAUGGCUUCUUAUCCAACUGCUUAAUGUUUCGGAAGCUAUGCAAAGUUAAUUGCUUCUAUAUUGUUGUCCAUAUGUUAUCAAUUGCCUCAUCAUAAUAUGAGGACUGUAUGUAAAAGUUGUUGUAAAUUUGAAUGUAAACCAAUGAACAAGUUAAAACCUUGGUAAAGAAACAUGUACAUAAACUAAAUUAUAUUAAGACACCAGUGACUAAUAUCAACCUUUACUGAAAUAUGACUA